CCAGACUGAGAGACAAAGGAUUCAAACAGGCUUUAAUCAGCUUAGAAGAAUCCUGGACAAGGAGGAACAGAGAGAGCUGAAAAGACUCAGAGAAGAGGAGCAGAUGAUACUGGACAGCCUGGCGGGGGCAGAGGCUGAGCUGGCUCAACAGAGUCAGUUGGUGGAGGAACUUAUCUCGGAUCUAGAGCUGCGGCGUGAGUGGUCAGAUACAGAGCUGCUGCAGGAUAUGAGCGGUAUUUUGAAAUGGAGUCAGAUCUGGACACUGAAGAAGCCAAAAGCAGUUUCUAAGAAACUGAGCAUGGUAUUCCAAGCUCCUGAUCUGAGUGGCAUGCUACAAAAGUUCAGAGAGCUAUCAGCUGUCCGGGCCUACUGGGACAACUUCACAUUUAAUCCAGAAAACCUAAAUUUGAAUCUUAUACUUUCAGAAGACCACAGACAAGUGACAUCUGUGUCCAUUUGGCCCUUUAAGUGUUGUAAUAAUGGUAUUUUGGGCUCCAAAUGUUUCUCCUCAGGAAAACAUUACUGGGAAGUGGAUGUGUCUGAAAAGAAUGCCUGGACCCUGGGAGUUUACACUAGAAAACGAACUUUAAGGUUUGAUGUUAGACAACGCAAAGGUCAGCCAAAUGGUUACCACAGAUACAAACCACAGAAUGGCUACUGGGUUAUAGGGUUACAGCAUGGAUCGAAGUAUAGUAUCUUUGAGGAUUCUUCCAACUGUGACCCUACUGUUCUGAACCCCUUUGUGGCCACCCCUCUCCAUCGGGUUGGGAUUUUCCUUGACUGUGAAGAGGGCACAGUGUCCUUCCUCAAUGUCACCAACCAUGGAUCACUCAUUUACAAGUUCUCCCAAUGCUGCUUUUCCCAACCUGCCUAUCCAUACUUCAAUCCUUGGGACUGUCCAGCCCCCAUGACCCUGUGUCCUCUGAACUCCUGAGUUUUCUCAUUCUCAUCCGUUUUUGCUCUUACUUCUGGCCUUGAUGCUUACCGUGUGGAUGGACCUGUGCUGUUCAGGCAUCUCUUCCCAUGGUCUCCCUUCUGUCAUGCUUGGAUGUGGUGUAUCUGGCAUCAUGUAGAAGAGAUGCUUACCUUUUACUCUAGCUCAUUUUCUCAAAAAAGCCUAAAGCUAGGUCAGGAUAAUAUCCAUGCCCUCUGCCUUCCAUAUUUCCCUUUGUCUUGAAGAAACGUGACAAAGUCUAUUAGCCACUAACUCAUCCUUGUUGUUUAAGACAAUCCGUAAGAACUGACUCCGGACCACAACUAACGGAUUUUUAACACUAUGUCACUCAGGAUACCUCACGUUCAACAAGAAGUCAAGGAAUAGAAAGUAUGAACAGCAACACAUAGCCUAGAGUUGAGGUUAUGCCUAGUAUACAAAUUCAAAUGCUGCCUCUUACAAACUAAUAAAUUCUAAGGUUCUUAAACUGAAAAUUGAAGUGCAUUUGACUUAAGAUGGUUGUAUGAAACUAGGUAUGUGUAAAUAUAAAAUACCCAUUUAACUGUCUUGUACAUAAUAAUACAUGGCCCUAUGGUCCUUUGUAUUCAAUGAAAUAUUUUGUGGAAUGUUUGGAGUACUAUAAAUACCUGUUGUCUUCAAAUGCUAGUUUGUCUUCCUUGCCAGUUUGAUUCCAUAAGUAUAAUCUCAUGUGGAGCAUGUCUGAUUUAAAAAAAAAAAGGCUGGUCUUCACUGUUGUUCUAAACUAUUAAAAUUCAUUUGCAGCUAAAAAUUUAAUCUGUUCAUUUGUAUCGCUAUUAGCCAAAUUCUGUUUGGGUGUAAUAAGUGGAAAGUCAAGUUAUUGGAGAAAUCAAGUACUAAUAGUGUCGUGCUGAAGAAUUCAUUACCAAAAAAACCACUCUCUGCCCUUUAUUGGGUACUUUUCUCAUUGCUAAGACAAGGCACGUGAUAAAAGCACUACCUUGGGUUGUCUAAAGUUGUUUCCUCCCACUGUGCUUUGGGUUUAUUCUUCAUGUUUAUGGAACAAGGAGGCUUAGACACUGAGUGAUCAGCUCCCACAGACUCCCAGGGUGCCUGACUGAACCAAUGCCACUACCUUCCAUGUAGUUAAGGUCAUACCACCAUGUGCUUCAAUGGGAGGCUAGUGCAUGAGAUGGAGGAUUUAUUUUCCACACUGUGCUGGAGAGGACAAAUGUCUCUUCCAUUUGGUGUCCUUAUGAACAAGAGUUCAUUCAGUACUAAAACAGCCAGGGUUGCACUGCAGAGUUAGUAUUGAAGGAAUGGAAGAGAAAAAAAAAGACAAAUAUUACUGAAGAAAUGCAAGCUCUGACUAGACAGUCUAAAACAAAAUAAGAGGACAGCCACCAGCCAGCUCAGAAAGCUAUCAAUGAUUAUCAACCACACCAAGGUGGGGUGGGAGUUAUGUUUGAAUCUCAGAAAGAACUCAACAUGCACCCAAGGAGGCAACCUGGAUGGUUGAAAGCAGAUUGUGCUUCAGACUCCAUGUUCAGGGGCCAAAACCAUAAACAAAAACGCAGCAAGGGUCUUCAGUGGGGUAUGUCUUACUCUUUGAGAAGCCCACACCCCUCAGGAGUGUCUUCUCAGGGCCUCCCCCACCCCCCACCCUUUUGUAUAAACCUGCAUUAAGACUGCAUUGAACUGCAGCUAUUGUGAAAAUAAAAUAAAAGCAAGAGCUGAAACACCUGUAGGCUAACAGAAGACUGGAGGUAAAUCUCAGUGAGAAGGAUGAAGGUGACCAUGUGAGCACAGCAUUGGCCACACUGUCAGUGAGCAGUGCCAUGGUGUGUGUGAUUCUGUGUGCAAUACACAUCGACAUUUAUUCAUAACAGAGGAAAUGGAUUCCUGUGGAACACAAUUAUGGAAGCAAUAUUGAAAGAAAAGGUUGGACAGCUAUGAAGUUACGAGCAUUUAUUUGUAGUAGACAAAAGAAUUAUAAAUUGUAAAAACAAUCAAAAACCUGCAGUUCUGCAAUAUAGUCAUUCCAUUUCUUAAAACAUAAUGGAGUAAUAAACCAAUAUAUAUUCUUUAUUAUGUUAAACAGGGUCUUACUCUGUAUACAAGGUUGGCUUCAAAUACAGAGCAAUCUUCCUGCCACAACUUCCCAGAUGCAGCACGGCAGGAUGAAGUUAUAGAGAACUGACAGAGCUGAGGUAAUUAGCUCAGUGGUGGAGCACCUCCUCAGGGGUGGAGCACCUCCUCACCAUGCACAAGGCCUUGGCUUCCACCUCUGGCAUGAAGAAUAAGAGAACUUUGCAGCAGUGUUAUCUUACACAAUGAGCACUCAGGCACUUUUCCUUGACCAAAUGGGAAGUGAUUUACUAUUCUCAUCUAAAACAAAACAAAACUGAAAGAAACUGAGAAGAAUCUGACCUAGAGAAAUGAAUAUAUCCUUUUUUACCAAUGAAAGACAUUCACACAGAAAGACUAGAGUCAGGAAAAAAAAAAAGAGAGAGAAAAUGGUACGAUGAGCUCAGGCAAAUGGACAUACAUAUCAGAGCCAGAGACCCUGCAAGUAAACAGGCAAAUGUUAAGAGUCUGGCCAGCAAAUUGUCAUGGGCUCUGAACUUCCCAUGGGAUUAAAAUAUGGAAAAACCCUAUCAGGAAAGGAAGCUGUACAGAAUCUGUAGAUAAGAGUCCCAUUGUUGGAAAUAUUGUAAAAUGAGAGAGUCCCAGCUGCAUAGUCAAGGAAAACACCAACACGACAGGGCGGGACCAUCAGAGACAGGGUCAAGACACUGGGCUUGCCUGUGAAAGGACACUCCUCAAAAGCAUUAUACACAGACUUUUUCCACAGCCCUAUAACCCAGAAGCCAUAUUUUGGUUGAUAAUGUGAAUCAUUCUUAAUCCCCCUGCGAAAUAAAGGGUUUCUUUCAGCAUUUGAACGAAAUAUUGGAUUGAAGAGGUAGCUUCCAUCACUUAACCCCAGAACCCAAGCACCUUUUCCAGACACAUCUACUUCCCAGUAAUGUUUUCCUGAUUGGAUAACUGGGUGUCCCAGGACACCUUCAUGAGAGUUUUCACAGCCAUGUUCAAGAUUCCUUGCUUGGAGGUCUUCAUAUCGUAUUUGCCUUUUGUCAUCAGUAAUGGCAAUGUUUGGAUUGUUGUUUUGAACCAGCGUCACCUGAACUGCACAAAACAGGACUGCAUGUCAUGAGAAGGACAGGAAACAGCCUUAUCUGUGACGUUAUUAAUAGAAGUCUAAGAAGAAAGUGUACAGGCACUGGAGAGAACUUUGUGCAGAAGUCACAGGAGGCAGAACAUUGCAGGAGCAUUACAUACUUUGGGAGAAGCAACAUGAGGCCAAACAGAAACAUAAGCUCUUGCAAGACAGUGAGAAGUGGGUAACUUACGAUGCUGAAAUUUUUCCUUACCCCAGUAGCGUUGAGCCUCUGUGACCUCUGAAAAGGGGUAAGAAUUUACAAUAUUAAAUGCAUGCAAAGGCACUGUAAAGUCCUUUUCUUCUGUGGAUAAGGGGAAGAGUUGGAAACCCUAACAGGGUCCUUUAAAGAUGAACAGUCAUUUCCCAUCUGAGAUGGUUAAAUCACCAGUAGCUGGAGGCUACUCUUCCUUGACCAUAUCUAGAAACCACUUGAAUCCUGCAGCCAAAUCACGGAGCAUAACUCUCCUCACCUUGCAGCACUUGCAGCAUGCCUUGCAGGUCAGGGGCUCGGAACUUUCUUUGUUCCCUGGCGAUGGCUUUGGGCUUCUUCAUCGAAAAAGUAUGACUCCUAGGGAUAAAAAGCAAUUGACCUGCAAUCCCUCCCAGUGACCCCCAACUCCCACAGAUUCCUCUCCUUUCCACCACAGAUGACCUUGAGCUCUUUCGAGGAAGCUGAAGAGGUAGAGAGAUGCCAGUCACAUGAAUACAAUCAUGUCUCCUUCAAAUUACAUUCAACGAAGUGUUGGGAAGGUCUUACAUUCUCAGAACCAUGGUGCUUGCCCUCUAAAAUUAAACAGUUAUUUUUCUCCCACUCUGACUGCUUGAGCUCACAAGAGAUGAUAAAGUAAUAAAUCUUAAAACAAA